UUCAACUGCUCGAAUCAUGCUGCAAAACAAAAAGUUCUACAAGCACGCCUUGGAGGCACAGCGUGUGCCCCUGCCGGAGCCACUGGCUCCAAACUAUAUUGACAACCUGCACGAGAUCUUCUUCGAGCAGAUCUUCGAGCGCAUCGACUACAUCAGCGACCAGGUGCGAAUGGCACGUGCGUACCCGCAGUUCCUGCCGCAGGUCCUGCGCAUCUGGCAGAAGCGUUGGCACUUUCGCAUCGUGGGACCCAAUACCCCGUUCUUGGGCCUGCUGGACAUCGAGGACUACGUGUUCUUCAUGGAGAACAUGGCCUCGCGUUUCACCGAGCUGCACGUGCACGAGGACGGAGUGGGCUCCUUUGCCGAGUUCUACGACUACAUCAGACACCUGUGCGACAUCAACAUCCUGCGGUUUCCCAACGUGGAGAGCUGCGUGCUGGGGGGCAAUCCCAACACCAUGGUGGACGAGGACAUACGCGACCUGACUGCGAUGCUGCCCAACCUGAAACGCCUGACCAGCUGCAUGAAUCUGUCGGGCUUGUAUAUACGGGGCUUCAGGAAGCUGGAGCAGCUGGUGUUCAAGUCCAUGUACCACUCGGUGCCGCUGGACAGCCGGUGGAUACAGGAAAUCUGCUUGAGCAUGACCCAGUUGAGGGUCCUGGACAUCACCGACUCCUUCGACAGCUGUGUGCGACUGCACGACAUCAAGCUGCCCAACCUGGAGGUGCUCAAGAUCAACCUGAGCACCGUGGAGUGCAUGCUCUCCCAGGUGCUGCAGCUGCCCAAGCUGCGCAAGCUGGCCGUGCGCUUCGACGACUCACGCCAGCUGCACGCCGACCAGGAGACCAUAUUCCAGCAGAUCAUUGUGGCCAAAAGCGAGUCAAUCACGCGCAUCGCCCUCAACAACGAGGUGGUGCAGCUGCCCGCCCGCUGGCAGCACAGCCUCCUGCUGGAGCUGCCCAAGCUGCGCGCCCUCGUCUGCGAGAACUGGUACCACGACGUCUUCUUUCUGGACAACCGGCACAUACCCUGCUCCCAGAUGAAGGUGCUCAGCUUCAGCGGCUGGGAGACGGUGCGAGAGAAUCAGCUGCUCGAGCUGGUUGCCGAGUGCACGCAGCUCACCCAGCUGGCCCUCAACGGUUACCACAGCAACAGCGACAAGCUGCAGAAGCUGGAGCAAAUCCGCAGCAUGGAGCGCAACGCCAAGCCCCUCCAGGUGUUCAGCGAGGUGAUGUGGACGCAAAUGCACCCCAAUGAGUACCACUACUGGCGGUGCAACAAGCACGUGCAGGUGACCUGCGACGGCAGCGACUACGAGUACCAGGAGGACGGCUUCGAGUUCGACUUUGUCUAGAGUCCGUCGGAAG